CCUUUGGUUUGUUUCCCAUUCUCUUCUAUUUGCUGUUAUGAACUUCGUUCUCAUUCUUUUUCUUUUUUUUUUCCUUAACAUUCUUUUCAUUCUCGUUUUCAGCAACAGCAAUUUUGUAUGGUGUUGUUAGAAUUUCACUUCUUACACAUUUUCUCUUACAAGCCGCUGAUCGUUUCUGACAGCAUCUGGAAAUGGCGACAAUUUAUGGACAAUGUGGACAACAUCUGGAUCAAAGCUCGUCGAUGGCUUGUGAAUGCUGAUUGUUGGUUUUGUUGAUAAAUUCCAUACUGCAGUCUAAUGGGCGUUCAGAUGUUUUCGCGGAAAAUGCCUGCCCGUUGACGUAAUUUUCCUUGAUUUUUUUUAAAUGCGUUUGUUGGCCAUUGAUUAACGUUAAGCUCUCGGUCAUCAUCUAAAUAAAUUUGUAAAAAAUAAAAAAUCCGAAAUAUUUUAAUUUCACAUUAAAUAAUAAGUGUAUUAGCGUUUAAAAAAAAUAGUUCAUACAGAAUUCAAGAUGAGUAACUGGGGAAAAAAUGUUUAAAUAUUAGUGCUGAGAAAUGUACGUAGACAAUUUAUUAGGAUAUUAGUGUUUUAUGAGGUCAAUAGAAGGGGAAGGGGGAGGUUACGUUAGGAGAGAGAGCAGUGACAUUUCUGUGAAAGGUUUCGCGCGCGGCAAGGGAGGGAAAUGCCAGGCGGCAAUUGCGGCAGUCUUCCCCGCUGCGCUGUAGCGCGGCGACUUGUCUGUGUUCGUCGACCAGUGCGUCGAGCCGCUGCGACGGGGAAACUCCUUCCCGAGCUGCGAGGAUGCUGGAAGGGACUGCCAUUCGUGAAGUGCGUGUGGUCGUUGUAGCUUUGGUGCGCGGCGGAAGCGACACAGGCAUUCGGGAAGGUGAUCUUCGAUUGCUGUGCCUAGUGGACAUUUUCAUGCCGAUACAAUGACACUGUGUUCAGCGUAGCUCUACCUGGCGGUCAGUGUGGCCAGUUAAUGGUUUUGACGUGGACACUGCUGUGAAUAAUGCGAGUAUCGUUGUUGCUAGUAUGCAUCCGAUAUAGUCAGCGUGAGAGUGAAGCCGAUAUAGCCAUCGUGCUCCCGAUAUAGGCAGUGUGAAGAUGAUAUAUCCAGUGUGAUCCCGAUAUAGCAAGUGUGAUCGCGAUAUAGCAGUUGUGAGACUGAUAUAUUCAAUGUAAGGCCUGCAUAGCCAGUGUGAUCCCGAUAUAGUCAGUGUGAGGCUGAUACAAUCAGUGUAAGGCUGAUACAGCCAGUGUGAUCACGAUACAGUCAGUGAGGCCGAUACAGUGAGUGUAAGGCUGAUGCAGCCAGUGUGAUCACGAUAUAGUCAGUGUGAGGCCGAUACAGUCAGUGUGAGGCCGAUAUAGCCAGUGUGAUCACGAUAUAGUGAGUGUAAGGCUUAUAUAGCCAGUGUGAUCACGAUACAGUCAUUGUGAAGCUGAUACAGUCAGUGUGAGGCUGAUACAGCCAGUGUGAUCACGAUACAGUCAGUGUGCGGCCGAUACAGUCAGUGUGAGGCUGAUAUAGCCAGUGUGAUCACGAUACAGUCAGUGUGAGGCCGAUACAGUCAGUGUAAGGCCGAUAUAGCCAGUGUGAUCACGAUACAGUCAGUGUGAGGCCGAUACAGUCAGUGUAAGGCCGAUAUAGCCAGUGUGAUCACGAUACAGUCAUUGUGAAGCUGAUACAGUCAGUGUGAGGCUGAUACAGCCAGUGUGAUCACGAUACAGUCAGUGUGAGGCCGAUACAGUCAGUGUAAGGCCGAUAUAGCCAGUGUGAUCACGAUACAGUCAGUGUGAGGCCGAUACAGUCAGUGUGAGGCUGAUAUAGCCAGUGUGAUCACGAUAUAGUCAGUGUGAGGCCGAUACAGUCAGUGUGAGGCUGAUAUAGCCAGUGUGAUCACGACACAGUCAGUGUGAGAGUGAAGCCGACAUGUUGCCGAUAUACCUGCGGCGAUCGCCGAGCCCCACGCCGCGCACCAACCCCGCCGCCCUGCCCAGCAGCGCCUCCUACUCCAGCCUGACGGGCGCCCGCACCCAGCUGUCGCCCUUCGCGCUGGGAGAGCCUCCCGUGCCGCGCCACCAGUACCUCGCGCCGGAGCAGGAGUUCUGCCUGUCGUGCCUGCCCGCCGGCCUGCCCUUCUCGGCGGCCGCCGCGGCCAAGCGUCGCUCCCCGGUCCCGGGAGACAGGGACUACAUAGGCUUCGCGACGCUGCCCGAGCAGGUCCACCGGAAGUCGGUGAAGCGGGGCUUCGAGUUCACGCUGAUGGUGGUGGGCGAGUCGGGGCUCGGCAAGUCCACGCUCGUCAACAGCCUCUUCCUCGCCGACCUGUACCGGGACCGGAAGGUGCCCGACGCCGUCGAGCGUGUGGAGAAAACUACCUCUAUAGAGAAGAAGACAAUGGACAUUGAAGAGCGGGGAGUGAAACUGCGGCUGACCAUAGUGGAUACACCAGGAUUCGGUGAUGCCAUCAACUGCGAGGACAGCUGGAAGGCUUGCUGCGGCUACAUCGAUGAGCAGUUCCGGCAGUACUUCACUGACGAGAGUGGCCUGAACCGCAAGAACAUCCAGGAUAACCGUGUCCACUGCUGCUUGUAUUUUGUGCCACCAUAUGGCCAUGGAUUACGACAGAUAGACCUGGAGUUCAUGCGACGCAUGCACCGGAAAGUCAACAUUGUGCCCGUCCUUGCUAAAGCAGACACCUUGACCACCCAAGAGGUCAAGAAACUGAAAGAGAAUAUCAUUGCAGACAUAGAAGAUAGUAAAAUACAGAUCUACCAGUUCCCGGAGUGCGACAGCGACGAGGACGAGGACUUCAAGCAGCAGGACCGGGAGCUGAAGGCGUGCGUGCCGUUCGCGGUGGUGGGCAGCAACACCGUGCUGGAGGUCGCUGGCAAGAGGGUGCGGGGGCGCCAGUACCCCUGGGGCAUCGUCGAGGUUGAAAACCCGAAGCACAGCGACUUCAUCAAGCUCCGCACCAUGCUCAUCUCGACCCACAUGCAGGACCUGAAAGAUGUGACUCAGGACGUCCACUAUGAGAACUUCAGGGCGCAGUGCAUUUCGCAGAUAUCGCAACAAGCCAUCAGGGAGAGGAGCAAGCUGAAAAGGGAUUCUGGGCCGCACUUUGAUUCUAGCAUCUCUGAUACUGACAGGCUGUUGUUGCAGAAGGAUGAAGAAAUCCGGAGGAUGCAAGACAUGCUGACCCAGAUGCAAGAAAAGCUGAAGGCCAAAGGUCACGCGGGGAUGUUCCGCAACCAGCUGAGCAGCCCGAACAGCAAGUCAGACGGGGACCACAACAGGGACAGCAUUGUGAACGUCUGAUGGCUUUGCGAGCUACCUCUCCGCUGCAGCUCGCAAGCACAUUUUGCUGCUAUGAUUAUUUUAGCCAUGUUUCCAGUGGGUAUUGAUGUGGGAAGCAAAGUUUUUAAGGUCAAAUUAGCAGGUUUGUUUGAGACUUAGCUAUAAGACUGUAAUAACUGUAGAUUUUGUAUUUUUUGCAUUAUUUAUCUCAAUAUAGAUUUUAUCUCAUAUUUAUAAUCUCAUUUUAUGUUACCAUUAUAAAUGCUCCUGAUUAGAAGGAAUUUGUAUCUGAUUGUAAAAUACUACUGAUUGAAAAAGUGUGCACAUAAUUCAAAUUAUUGUUUUCAGUACAUCUAUGUUUAUAUUUCCAUUAUUUUAUUUAAUAGUAAUAUUUUUUGAUCUUAUGAUGUUCGUCAGAGAUUUGCCACUCAGUAUUAAGACUACAAUAUUGCUGAUAUGUUAGACUAUGAGUAGCAUCUAGUUAUAAGUUACUUAAGCACACACAAUUCACUUUACUCAGGAAAUUUUUGUGAUUUUGUAAACGUCCACAGAACAAUUCCUGGUGUUAGGAUUUUAUUUUUGUAUUUGUUAUGCAUUCAUUCCCUUAACCUUGGCUAUCCAUUCUGACUCAUUCUCAUUACCAGAGACCAAAUAAGCGCACAAUAUUUCCUGUUCACUACAUGCUGGAGGUGUUUCGGUGGAACCAACACAUUCAACGCACUUAAUUUCAGAAACAAUCAUACCUUCAGAUGAGAAAGAUGAAGUCGACGACAUUUCACGCACUUCUCUAAUUGUCUUCUUCUUAGAGUGACACAUCUUGGCAAAGUGAUUUAUGCCUUUGCAAUUGUUACACUUUGCACCAUACACUGGACACCCCCGACGUUCGUGUUUUCUUCCGCAUCGAGAACACUGAGACCGCCAUUGCUCCUUUUUUCCAAGUUUGCAGAUCGAGUCGUCCUGGGCACACAGCUGGGUUGUCUCUGGACAAAGACUUCUGUAGGUUACCUCUUGCACUUCCACUGCUUCGUUUUGAAAUUUUUCCAGGCGUUUUUUCUGUGAUUCCUGCUGUUCUGCAAAAGUCAAUUGCCUGUACUAAUGUGAGUCAUGCUAUUUUAGUUAUGCACUCACGUAGUGCACUGUCUGCUAUACUACAUACGAUAAGAUCUUUAAUAAGGUCAUCUCGCAUUGUGCGAACCUUACAAUUUUCUGAUUUCUUCGUAAAUUCUGCCACAUACGAGUCAAACGAUUUGCCUCCCCACUGUGAGCAUUUAAAGAAGACAUGCCUCUCGUACGUAAAAUUAUGUAGGGGGAAAAAUAAACAUUGAAUUUGCUCAGCACUGUAUUUAGUUCUCGCUGUUCUUCUAGCACCAAACUUAAAAUUUUCGUAAAUGUCCUCAGAAUCAUGACCCAUUAAGUUUAUCAAUACUGCUAUUUGUUGGGAUGGCGGCAAACCCUCUCCGCCGAUUACUUCAUGGUAGUACUUUAAUUUAUUUUUCUACUGCAGCCAAUUACUGGCAAUAUCACCAUUGCGCCUAAGCUUUUUGAGGGGUUUGACGAAUGAAUCCAUAUUUAUUUUGCCGACUGUGCCAUGUUAUGUUAAUAAAUACGACAUGUACUGUACUGCAUUAAUGUUUAUCCCCUACUCCAUUACAUACUGUGCAUGAAGCCUUCACCACUGCACUAUCCCUUAAGUUAUCUAGUUUCUCUGACAGUUAUAGAGUUACUUAAGCACAUACAAUUCACUUUACCCAGGAAAUGUUUGUGAUUUUGUAAAUGUCCACAGAAAAAAGCUUGGUGUUAGAAUUUUAUUUUUGUAUUUGUUAUAUUUUGAGCUCUGCAGCAUCAUUUGAGAUUUACUUUCAUAUCAGCUGUAAAUUAUUUUCUGUAUAGUUUUUUUUUUUUAAUAUUUUGUAUGUGCUUGUUACAAAAUUUUUAUACAAACCUUAUCAAAUGUUAAAUUUUUUACUUCAGAAAAAUAUGUUUACUUUAAUGAUUUUAAUGGAAGGGUUUACACAUUUGCAUAUUCUUUGUGAAAAAUUGUUUAGAAGAAUAUUUAACAAUAGUACAUUUUAAAAGAGGGUGAUGAUUUAAAUCCCCAUUUGCAUAGUAAAUGACUAAAUUUAUAAUUUUACUAAGAAUUGUUUUUAAAAUGUGGUACUUAUAUAGUGAAUAAGGUUUUUUUUUAAAUUAGGAAUUUAAUUUUGAAGUACCCCUUGAUUCAUAAAUAUUAGGUAAGCACCUUACAAAAAAAAUUAAUUAAGUACUAAAUUUUUGACUUAAUUUCACAUGAAUUAUUUCUUCACAGUGAUAAUGAAAACCUUCUGAAUCAUUCCGUGAAUAUAAACACUGCCUUUUAUAAUUCCUGGUACAUAACAUUCAAAAUGAACUGUAGUAAUUUGUUAGUUUGUUCACUGUUUGGGUUCUGUUUGCAUUUUCAUGUUAGAUGAUUUUAAAAUAUUGGUGAACAAUUUCCUGAAAUUAUUUUGGCACCUAGGAGAAUAGGUGCUGAAUAAUUUCCUUGACUGUGUAGUCAAAUUGUGUAAUCAUAUUUUACCGAUAUUUUUUUUUGUUUUCAACUUCUAGCAUAGGGUCGGGUCAUACAUAUAGCUCAUUCAUGAUUGUAGGACUACAAUAGAAAGUUACCUGUGUACUAGUGUUGUUGAAAUUGAGGUACAUAAAAUAGAAAUAACUUACUGUAUUUGCCUAGUAAAAGAUUCUAAUAGGUGAUGUAUUCUGGAAUCAUUUUUGGUACGAAGUGUGAUUUUGUGACUGUAUUUUACAAAUAUUAACAUACCAGUUUACCUUUAACUGUCAUUAUUCAAUACAUAUUUGUAAUACUGUAUUAAAUUAACUUUUUAUAGCUUCUGUCAUUCAUGUGAGGAAACAUGUUUUUCUUGUGAAAGAAGUUAAGGUACUCUCUCAAUGUAGUGUGAUGAUGGAUUGAAUAUAUAAGUGUGCAAUAUAACAACAAUGUGAUAGAGAAUAUUAAAAAGAGACUUUAACUAUGCAUUGUUUCUUUCUUCC